GUGGUAUCAACCCUGUUGGCCCCCAGGGCCACAAUCAAAUGGAUGAAUGAGUAGAGAAGUUUUGGAAGGCUGGUGUGGCUAUAAGGAAAAAAGACCUGAGGCUUAAACGAUGAAGCUUCCUUUGCUCUGCAUGGCCAUGCUUGCCAUCAGCAGCUCCUUCAGAGUGCAAAGAGAAGGAGUCCUGUCUAAGCCUAUCAUCUCCUACAAAGUUGUGAAGUUCUUUCCAAAAAGCCGACUAGUUCAUAUUUUAUGCCACUCAAUUCAGGGCUCUCUGCCUAUAAUCUACACUCUCAUGGAGUCAUCUAAUAUCACAGUAUCAAAGAAGAUCAUGGAUAAUGGACCAGCCAAAUUCCCCAUUCUUGCUACAUUCAAGACCCGGCCAGAUUUACUCAACUACUAUUGCAGAGCAAGCACAGCUUCAGGGGAGAGAGCCUACAGUGACGUACUGAAGCUCUUCUGGGAACUGUGGGUACCAGUGUCCCAGCCUCAGGCCAACUUCAGCCUGGUAGGUACAGGAUCAAGCCAAAUGGUGGUGGUGUCAUGCCUGGCAUCUGAGGGCAGCCCACCUAUCACUUAUAUGUUACUCAGGAAGAAUGGACACAUCUUAAUGGAGGAGACACCCCUCCCUGGAAGACCAGCCAACUUUUCCUUCCCAGUGAACAAAAUAUCAGCCUGGUAUGCAUGCCAGGCCAAAAAUACUGGCAAUACACAACGCAGUGCUCUCACACUGGUGCCCCCAGGGGAAUUACCUCUGGCACCAACUUUUGUACUAGCUGUAAGUCUGACUUCCAUGGUGGCUGCAUUUAUAAUCCUGUACCAGAACAUGAUGAAGAGAUGAGCACAUGUCACAAGAGUUUGGGGCACCGGAUUUCACGGAGCACUAUCAUGAAGCUUCACCAUCAUCAUCACUUCACUCUCAGAAGAUCCUGAUGUCCAAUAGGAGGUGCCAAAGCUCUGUUCUCAGGAGCAGCUAGUUGGUGUGGUGGGUAGAAAUGGAAUGCUGGCUUUGAAGUUAGGAUGACCUGAGUUCAAAUCCAGUCUCAAAUACUUACUAGUUGUGUGACCCUGGGCAAGUGACCCCAUUGCCUCCGAAAAAAUAAAAAGUUUAAG